CAGUGCUUCAUGUCAUGCCGUAGGUCGUGUGUGACUUGCGGGACAUACAAUGGUAAAUUUUAUCAAAUUGUCUGAGAUAUGUCAAACUAUUGAAGUUGAGGAUGAUGAACAUUUGAAAUACUGACGUUGGCUGCUGUUGCAACAAUCGAGCGAACAAUUAUCAAAAUGUCCGAGGAGACAAAUAUGGGAGGGGGUCAGGAUGAGGACGAAAAGAAUUCAGAGGGACCCCCUCAAUUGUCUGAGAAUCUCGCCGAUGAGAUAGCCAGUAUGUGGGAGAUACCCCAGAUGUAUCAAUUUUUAUGUCUCGCAAAGGAGACACUGGGUAUACAACACCUGUCGAUGUACGAAAUGGAGAGAAUGCUAUUAAUGCCAAAGGCAUCCAAACAACUCGCCAGUAUCAUGACAUCUCUGUUGUCUCCACCAAUGCCAAAAUCCAAACUGCGAACUAUGCCACCGAUGCCGUAUCAAUUUUGGACGAAUUUACUAACACAAAAGGCCCUCGGUUGGUUCAAAGUUUAUCAGAGUAAGGAUGGUGACAGUGUCAAAGUUUUGGAGACAAUUGGUGUUGAGCCAGAAUUUUGGAAAUUAUUUCCCCAGGCUGAGCUCAUAAGUGACCGUAAAUUCGACAAAUUGAGCCUGAGGGAGAGGGUUUGGCUACUUAAAACAGUCUGUGAUACUUUGAUACACUCGCGACGAUCGUUGCAGGAUGAAAUUGUUAGAAAUUAUUUAGAUGAUGACAGUGAAAUGGUACUUGGUAAGGACAGACAUGGUGCGAGAUACAUUUAUUUUCCAAUUUUCUUGGAUAACGAUGUUCGCGUGUAUCGUCACUGUCUAGAUAAUAAGAUUUUACUGAGUCUUAAACAUGAAAAGAAGGAUACGAAGCCGAAGGCUGAAGUGGUGAGUGACAAGAAAAUGGUUAAGAGAAAAAGAAAGAGCUGGAGGUAUGGGAAAUUGCCGAAUAAAUCGAGAAAACGUACAGCUAAGAGUGAUAAAGAGAAGAUUGAGCUGACAGAGCAGGAGGAUAAAAACGAUGAUGGGAGGGAGGUGCAGGUGGACGAUAGGAAAAACAUUGAUGAGGAGAGGAAGGACGAGGAAAAGGAGGAAAUUAACGAGGACGAUGAGAAUCACCAGGACAACGCACUCGAAGGGCUGAAGGGUGAUGAGAAAAUGGAUAAAGAUGAACAGCCCAACGCUGAACCUCCGUCAUCCUCUCAAGCUAGUGAUGAUUCACUUGUUCGGGAGGAGCAGGAGACUCAGCCCCUGCGGGAGGAUGUCUCCAGCUGCUCGAAAACAGAUGAUGAGAAAAUUCAUGAGAAGCAGAUCGCAAACUCAGAACUUUCGAAGAAUUCGGCAGAGAUGUCGAAGAGUGAUAAUGAGAAAAUCAUCGAGACUGAAUCACCGAGGGGUGAGGGAGGGAAAGCUGAGGGCUGUGGGGAUGCGAGGAAGGAGCUGGAGGAGUCAACGACUUCGGAAAAUAAUAUCGGCGAAUGCAUUAGUGACACGACACACAACGCAGAUGAUAUCAAUAGUCCCGAUAUGGAAUUGAAUAGUGAUGCGACGAGGGCUGCGUCGAAGAGGGAAAUUGAGGAGUUCAAACGUAUGAUAACCGACCUGGGGGAAUCGAGUUUCCGGUUGGUAUCUGAUAGUUUGGAUGCACUGAGGGAUCUGGUGGCGUGUUUCAUUGCACUGAAUUAUCCCGAGGGACCUGGAACGGUGGCUUGCGAGCUUCAGUUGAUAAAGAAGCUUAAAUCCUUGAUCGCGAAAAUGGAGAAAAUUGAGGCGACUCUGAGUCGAUCGAAGAUUGAAGCUAAGGAGAAAUUGCAGGAGGAGUGGACUAAGUAUCAGGAGGGUGAUAAAGAAAAUGGGGGCCAGCCAGCUGAUGGGGAGAAGGGUUCUAAUACAUGGAUUAUUGGAUCGCAGGGAUGUCCUUUGCUUGCUAAUGGUGACACGUUGUCACAAUCCAGCAUGGAGGGACAACCAGUCGCUGAGGGAGGAGUGAAAAUUAAGAUCGAGAAGAAAGAUCCUGAUGAAGAGAACAAUGGCCCAGAGCGGGAGACGGCUCGAGUGCUGCGUCGUCGAGGUAUUUCCUCGUACAUGGAGCCAUUCUUCACCUCUUCAGAGGACUCUGAACCCGGUGACCAGGACAUCGAGUCACAUUCCACCCCCACCACAGGUGCAGUAUCCCCGCCGGUGGAAAUAACUGCUCCACGACCUCGUCAAAUCGGUGAGGAAUCAACUGCCGAGGAUUCCGAUCAAGACUGGAUCCUUCCAGGUUCUCGCAAACGUCAGCGAAAGCGCUCUAGCCCGAGUAAACGCAACAAAUCACAGCACAAUAAAUUACAGACAAUAAAUUCUCACGGUUCAACAACCCUCCACCCAGCAACUGAUUCAAUUAGUACCGAGGCAAAAACCCGAAUAAAUUCAUUGCCUAAUGCAACCCCCAAUCGUCCAGUGAAUAAAAUAAAAAUAACGAGUGUUCAUUCGGAAUUGGAUAUAAAGGACGAGGGGCCAAUAAUCGAUACAAUUGCAAGUGGUACACCUGAUAAUUCAUCGAACAGUGGUGUGCAGCAGAACUACGUUCUAGUCAAUACGGGUAAUGGUCCUGUUAAUUACGUAGUGAUGCCGCAGGAUAAUCCUCAGCAUCAACCACCAAUGCUAUCAGUUGUUCCACCAGUACAGCAACAAAAUUAUAUACAGAGUUAUAUACCAGGUCCUGGUGGUUAUAUUAUGCCCCAUGUGACUCAGUAUCGUUCACCAUAUCCAAAUCCAUCGAAUCUCCAGCCGAUGGUAAUACAGGGGGGCCAGAUGAUGCAGCAGGCGUACAUGCAACCGCCCACCACCAACUACAUGCAGUACCAUGGAAUGAUGCCAUCGAUGACGGUGUCGUAUCCAGGGGCUAUGCAGGGACUUGGCACGCAACCUGGGCCACGACAGCCAAACAGAGACUUGCAGAUUCGCGCAGUUGGUCCACAACAAAUAAGACCCCAACAUCCUGUUGGGGCUGUGAUCAGAAGUUCCUCUGUACCGUUCAGGGGUGCACCCAGACCGGUGCGAAAUCGAAUGCCACUAUCGACUGCUAGGAUUAUGCCCCGUGGUCCCAGGCCUGCUGUGAGGCCCCAGGUGGCUCUUGGCAGGAAUGUACCCCCUAGUGUUGGAAAAUCAACUGCGAAAACCACGUCGUUGAUUGUUCUGAGUGAUAGUGAUGAUGAGAUUGAAAUGAUUAUCACUGAAAAAUCGGUGGUAAAAAAUAUGGGCCAGAGGACCCAGGGGGGUAAGCAGAAGCCAGUGAUAACGUCUGAGGUUACAGUGCCGGGAAAGAGUGUACUGUCGCCGCAGAUUAUACAGCGUAUGAAUCAGGGGGGAAUAUCGAUAACACCUAUUAAACCUAAAGCAGUGGAAAAACCGACAAUUGGUGGGGGCACACAGCUGGUUGUUGUUGUUAAUGAGACGGGUAGUCAUUAUGCUCUAGCACUUCCGAAUGGCAGUAAAUUGAUACUUACGCCUGAACAAGUUGCACAAAUUCGGGCUUCCAAUGGUGGGAAACUUAUAUUGUAAAUAUGAAGGUUUUUAGGGGUUCGGUGGGGGGGGGGGGGGGAGGAGAGAUGUAACAGGUGCAUUAUAUUUGUGGAGGGGUGGUCUUUAUUGCGAGGAUUUUAUUUGUGGGAGGGUCAAGGGGUUUACAUCUUCUGGACUUGGGAUUUUCGAUUUGUGCUGGGGUGAAGGACAAAGGAAUUCUUGGAGAUGUUUGAGAUGGUUCAGGAGUGGCUUUCGACGAAAUUCAGUGAAUGGAAUCUUCAUGGAUGGGUUUGAAUGAUUUAAAUCAUAUUUAUUUGUCCGAUUUUUAAAGAUCAAUUGAACAGUUAUUGAUUGGAAUGCGAGCGCUUUGGUUGUGUACAAAAUUUUAUUCUCCGGAUUUCGUUUGAAAAAUGGAAAUGAGGAGAAUUAUUGACUAUUUAUUAAUUGUCGGUCUGUGGAAUUGUUUUGAAAUUUUCCAUCCAAUUCUUCGAUGAUUCUGAGAAGUUGAACUGAUCGAAACAUUCUGUGGGAUUUAUUUACAAAUUCAUAAAUAGUGGAUGUAUAGUAACAGUUAUUUAUAUUUUCAAUUUGUGUUGUAUGGAACACCGAACUUUUAAAUGUUAGUAUGGACUGUAGUUGUUAUGUACAGACUUUUAAGAAUUUUAUUUUAAAAAGAUGUCUUUAUGUGGAACGCGGAGUUUUGCAGACAAAAUCACUGAGAUUUCAGUAUAAAAUUGUAAAUAAUAACGAAUUUUUCAUUGAUUUACAAAAUGGUACGUAAUUAAUCAGUAGUCAGAUGUAUUCAUCACUUCUGCAAUUAAAAAAAUCUUUUUAAAAUUACGGUCACUCUCUGGUCAUCGAAGAAAUUAGUUACGGCAGCUUCUACUCACAGUUGGGAAAAAUCGUUUUAAAUAUUAUUAUUAGCCAUUUAAUUUCUAGUUAGGUGAUGUUUCUGGGAAAAUAAUUUUUAAGGCCCCAUAAAAACGCAGAGAAUUCCAGAAAAUCCUCUGAUAAAGCAUGAAAGUCAUCUCAGCCUUCUAUUAAAUAUUCAGCCCUAUUUACACCCUUAAUGACUCGUGAUUUUCAAUGCAUCACUGUGGUUUCACUUUGAUGUGGACUUUUUUAUCGUGGUCCAAGAAUUUAGAGAGCCUGGUACCGUUGUAUGGGGUGUCACUUCCAGGUGGAUGCAGUCGCAUCUGCAAAAAUUUUCAACGUAUGAGUAUUAAUAAUUUUUCCAUCCAAGAGGAUCUGCUGGGUACCUAAUAAACAUAAUACGCUCUAUCUCCAUCAUGCAGAUAACUUUAACGUAAAAAUAUCGAGCGCUCUGAUACCCCACCGGAUCUCCUUCGGCAUGAUUACAUUUGUAAAUGUCACAAUCAAUUUAUUCAACUGAAUAUUCAUACGAACAAAUAAUAUUUAUACUUGAGUAGUUACGUACCACCUGUGCUAGACGUACGAGUCCAAUGGGUUCAGCUAGUAUAUCGCAAAUGCAGCUGAUUUUUCUCAUUCGUUGUACAUAAAUUUUUUGUACGGUGAUAAUUUUAUAAACAAAUAAGUUGAUAGAUACUACUAGAGGAUUGUACAUCGAGAGAAAACGAUAGAAUGUCAUAAAAAAAAUUUCUUCGUUUCUUCAAAGGAGAUAUUUUAUUUUAGAAAAGUUUGUGAUAGUUGAGGAGUAUAAAAAAAAAAUUGUGUGAUAACUUUUUUACAAAAGGGCGUAAGCUGUGCAAAAAAUGUACUAAUAAAAAAUUUUCCAUCUUCAUUCAGUACCGAGCUAUUUAUUGAGAAGGAAAGAUAUUGGAAAUGGACACGAACGGUUUUCCGCUUCGCUGGUAAUUUUCUAGAAAAAUUUUUGGUGCGUGAAGAAAGUCUCACUCCAUCUUAAAAUGUUCACGUUUAUGUCACGACAUUUCACGGAAUCCUUGCUCCCGUUAGUUCUCAAGAGACGGUACCUUUGCGAAGAAAUAAGUUUUGUGAUAUUAUAAUCGUUUCUCUCCCCGUAUACGAACAUUUAUGGAGAAUAAGGAAUGAUAAUCCCACAAUACGAAGGAGAAAUUGUAUCGACAUUCAAGUAGAGUAAGAGUACAUCAAACAAUUGUAUAUAAACUACUUUUAUAGACUACAAAAACAGUUCUAAGUUGAUUAUACUAAAUUAUUAAUUCAGGAAUGUUAGCAUCGCAAGCUGCGUUAUUUUGUUAUGAAUCAGUAGUAUUGCCUCCCGUUACGAUAAAUAAAAUAUGAUAUUACUUAUAUCCAGUUAAGAAAUAACACAUCACACUGUGGAUUAAUGUCUCAAUUGUUUUAUUUUGUUAAUUAUUCAGAGAAUCGCUAAAUAUAUUGCUCUCUAAAGCCCUUUUCCAAGGA